AUGGCACUUCAGUCACAAGCCACUUUGGGUCUGGUACUCGGCUUUGGCUGCUGCCUUGGGCUCGACUGCUGGGACGGUGAGCUCACAGAAGACUUUUGUUGUCGUACGGCCUUUGCCGGCGUUCUCGGGAAUCCUGCAUGCUGGGAUGGUAUCUACACCUACGAGACGUGCUGCCUUCAGCCCACCGCUUCUGCUUCGAGCUGUUGGACUCUGGGCUUCACCGAGGAAGACUGCUGUGGCGCCCCGCAAGGAAAUCCUGCAUGUUGGGAUGGUGAGUACACGUAUGAGAGAUGUUGCUCGACAAAGGAAGAACAAGAGACAUGCUGGAAGGGCAACCUUGAAAUGGAGAGGAGAUGCUGCAAUGCCCUGGCGGAAGAUGACGUCUGUUGGCAAGGAGGAAACCGCUAUGAGAACUGCUGCAAGAGACAUGCCAAGCUGGUUUCUUCUCUCUCUGCUUUGCUUGAGGAGUCUGUCUUGGAUGUGGUUGCCCGACCGGAAUUAGACCUGCCUGUGCAUUCCGAGCCCGUCUACUGUGGCGGAGGAUUUGUUGACCAGACCGUGCGAGGCUAUCUUCAGCAAUCAGAGGAUUUGCUGCGCCACGAGUUUGAUCCAGGUUGCUGGUCACCGGAAUUCAGCUCCGAUCGUUGCUGUUCUCCAGGAGGAGACCCAGCAUGUUGGGAUCAUGUAUAUACCUACAAAAGAUGCUGCUUGGGCAUUAAUCCUCAGGUUGCAGUCCUACGCGAGUUCUACAAAUGUGAGCAUUGCACGUCCAUGCUCCGGGACCGAGCCUCCCUGAGUUGCGAAGACAUCGACGGGUGCACGCGGCAUGGAGGCACAUUUGUCGCUAUGUCGCAGGGGUCAAACAGCUUCUUUGAGAAUGCAGAGGUGAACAUCCUGUGCCUUCCAAGAAUGGAAGAAGCAGCAAUUUCAGCGGCUGCCUUCGCUCUGCAAUGGGUUAAGGUUCACCAUGGCCGAGUUGCGCAGCUGGACUUGCGCCACACUUUCGACACGACCGCUCUCAUCGUUGACGUCGCAGUGAUGCUUAUUCCAUGGCUGACAUUCACACUCGCUUGGUCCUUGCGACGUGCAGCAGCUGUGAAGGACAAAGUGAAAAGGACGGAGGUUGAUUCGGUUGAUGGGGCUCGGAUGGUUGGCACGGCUUCAAUUGUUCUGCUUCACUUAAACAUCGUUUUUGUCACCAACAAUCCUGAAAUGAACAAGCGUCGAGUAGUUUGGUUUUAUGUACACCGCUUUGCUGAUAUCUUCGGUGUCUUGGCAGUUCUGGUGACGAAAGUUGAUUCGGAAAGUUUGCUUGGAAGUGCAGACACGCUGUGGCGAAAGCUGGGUCGACAGUUACCUCUCAGCUUCAUCAUGGUGCGAUCACGAGUAUGGACUGCUGGUCUAUGUCCCCAUUUCGAAUCCUGCAGAUACAUUGAUUCAAGUUGGUCUACAGAGAUACUUAUCAGAUCCCUUACCUUUUCACAUCACUGGCAGCUUUCUGUCGAUCUCAAGGUUUGGCUGGCUCUCAGGGCUCUACACAUGCUGAGCCACUUCUCAUCGCCCAUCCUUGGUACAGUGGUGACUGCUCUUGUUUGUGUGUGCGUCACCAUGUCUCAGCAUUUCGAGGAAAAUCUCUACUACCAGUUCUGGGCUUAUCGUUUGCCGAUGGCUUUGUUGGUGUAUGCAGUUCUGCUACGAAGGAGGCAAUUGCAAGAAUGGGCUGCUCGACAUCCCUGGGUCUGGUCCUCUGGUGCAGCUUUGCUUUGCAGUUUUGGUUGGGUCGGCUGCGUGCCUCAUAUUCCUGCGGGAGACGUUCCCCCGUGGUGGCAGCCAGCUUGCACCGAGUCCGGCUCGCUGUUCUUCUGGGGUGGCUUCUGGUUUCAUUUGGGGGUUCUCAUGUUUUGUCUCCAGCCACCUUUUGCGAUGCCUGGAGUGCUCAAGUGGACGGUGGGCAAACUGUCUCCUCUAGCUUUGGGAAUCCUUACCUUGCACCUGACCGUCUUCUUUUUGUUGGAGAGGUGCGAGAAAACGACUUUGCCUUGGUUCUUCGUGCAGUUACCGGGCUCACAUCUGCACCUUUCAGAUGAUUCUCCACGUCUCGUGGCCCUUGCUUUGUGGACGGCUGGUACACUGCUGAGCAUCCCACUUGCCCAGGUGGUUCUUUGGACGGUGCAGCGACCGUGGGAAAGAUGCUGGUCCCUCUGCCCCAAGCCCAUCAGUCGAGCGCUUGUUUUGGCGUAUUUGCUGCUGUUUCUUUGGAAUGAGAUGGGUAGGCCGUCACCAAGAUAG